AUGCAAACGAUCCCCGCUAACGAUGCAACAGAAGAACUACGUCAGAGAAGUGCUUGGGAUCUUUCGAAACUGAGAGAUCUAUUGAGAAGGCUUGGUGAUUCAGUUGGAGAUAAACUUGCUGCAUUAGCUGCAUUCAAUGUUGCACGUAAAGAUGCUGAAGAUCAACUUUCCGUGAUUGAUGGUCGCGGGACCGACGAAGAAACUCCCGAAGAUCUCAGGAAAGACGAAGAUUCACUCAAAAGGCUCCAUCAAAGUAUUUCACAAAUUGACAGAGGCAAGCUGGAUGAGGAUCAGCGCAACGAGUUUUGUCUUCUGCUUGAACGCAUUAGCCGGACCCUUGCUCUUUUAAAGCAACGUCGAAGUGACAAGGAAAAAGAGAUUGCUCGACGCGAAGCCGAUGAAGCCUUGAGAAAUCUUAUCACUCCAAUAUCAGUCCGCUUAGUUGAACUCGUCAAUGAAGCUGAUCGCUUAUUAGAAGACAAAGAAGGAGUACCAACACAGUACAGACUGACUGCUGAAGAAAUCAUCAAUGAAUGUAAGAAAGCCGGUGAAAUUCUCAGAGACGCACCUGCAACUCACCCUUCUGUGAACAUGCUCGAAGCUGCACUCACAUCUGCUGAAAGGGUGGUUCCUGUUUUGCAUGAACGUGCGAACAUUUGGGAUAUGUUCACGAGAGUCAGAGAUGAAGCGACCAAAAUGUUGGAGUCAGUAGAUGCAAACCUUCCUCGAUUACAACCGGGUGCUGCACUCCUAUCCACAUCAGAAGGAGAAGCACUACUGAACUACUUGAAAGACAUGUAUGGUGAUAUUGAACGACUGCGAACUGCUGAGAAGCAGUUGAAUGAACUUGCAGUGCUUUUACGGCCACUUCUGCAAGUGCAACAGGAGAUACGUUUCUUCACGGUCGACCAAGAAAAUACGGAAAAACACUACGAGGAGAUUGCGGAGAGAGUUGCUGCAGAGCUUACUGCCGAAGCACAAUUGAAUCGCACUCUUGAGAUUCUUACUUCCGAACUUAAUCAAUGUAGUGAAGAGUUAACAUCUAUCGAUGGGCGAAAAGAUCGUCUGGUAAGAUUCAUUUUUUUCACCAAUAAAUACCGCAGUCAUCACUGUAAAAGCCUAGUUUUUCCCACAACCCUCAGAAUACUCCACGAGGGGGAAAAAUUUGAGAUGGAUUAA